AUGACUUCAAUCGGCCCCCAGAUGCCGCCCAGCCCAUCGAAGCGCAAGCGCACCCCCGACAACCAAGAAGACGAGUCACCGCCAACGAAGCAAGCACGCAACACAGACGAGAUUGAUAUCAAUGACGACAACUCCUCAGACGACGGCUUCGGGCCGAGCGCUCCAGCAGCGCAAGGUUCCUCUGCGCCCAAGACGGCCGCCGGCCCCUCCCUCCCACCGACCGCCAAGACGAACACAGACGAGAUAGACCUCGAUGCUUCCGACAACGACGACGACGACGACUACGGGCCCUCCGCAUCCUCAGCAGCCGCCACUGCAUCCGCCAGCAAGCCCUCAAUAGGCCCCUCACUCCCCCCAAAACGCACAAUCGGCCCCUCCCUGCCGCCACCAGCAGACUCGCUGACCGCAGAAUCGCCGACCGUCCACGCCCCCGGCGCCGACUCGGACGCCUCCGACUCGGAAGACGACUACGCACCCGCAUUGCCAGGCUCAAAAGCAGCGCAAGCCCACUUGGCUGCACAGUCCCGCGCCGCCGCCCUCGCAGCCCUCGAACCCGCUGCCGCACCAGCGGCGCCCCAGCGCGACGACUGGAUGCUCGCCCCGCCGCCCGCUGCGGCAGGCUACAGCGAGCGCGACCCCUCCAAGCUCAAAAACCGGCGCUUCGCGUCCAACAAGCCGCACGCCUCGGCGCCGGCGGGCGGUCCCGCUGAGAUCAGCAGCAUCUGGACAGAGACGCCGGAGCAGAAGCGCAAGCGCCUCGAGGACGCCGUGCUCGGGCGCACCGCGCCGGCGGGAUCGGAGCUUGAGAGACAGGGCGCAUCUGCCGCUGGUGCAGCGGCGCGUCCGAGCAAGGAGCAGGAGCGGGCGAGGCGGACGGCGGAGAAUCUCGAGGCUGUCAGGGGGAAGAGCCUGUACGAGACACACGCCACGGCGCGCAAGGAGGGUGGGAGGCGGAAGGACGAGGAGGAGGAGGAUGACCCGAGCGCGCGAGCCUUUGAUCGCGAGAAGGACAUGGCGCUGGGGGGCAGCAUAAACAGCACGCAACGUCGGGAGCUGCUGGGCAAGGCCAAGGACUUUGGGGGCCGCUUCCAGAAGGGGUCGUUCCUUUAA